GAAUCUUCUGGUCAACCUGGGUCUGUUUGUGGCGGGUGUCUGGGUUGCGAGAAACCUCUCAGAUUUCGACCUGCUGGUUCCUCAGCCCUUGGCAUAACUUACAUAACUUACAACCAGGAUAAUGGCGCCUUCGACCAACAGAGAAGAAACAAGGGAUUUAAAUGACAAGACUUUUCCAUUACUAGUUUUAUUUUGAAAACAAAUCAUCUUAUCAAACCAAAUCAGCUUCACCUUUAUGUCGAUCUUUUUUUGUUAUUGUUGAAUCAGUACCUCCUUACUUUGUCCCAUAGAUUGUGAAAUAGCUCUUAUUUAACUUUCACAUUUGAAUCUUGUGAGAGGUGAUUUCAGCAGCUAUGUCCACUCGGGAGCUCUUUGUGGCUGCUGCUCGUAAACAUCUGUCUGCUGGUAGAAAAUCUCUCUCCGUCCCUCAGAGUCUGGACCUGGCGGCUCAGGUCUUGGCUGUUGAUCUGGGAUUGAAGCCCGCUUUGUUGUAUGACAGCAACGGCGCCGGUGCAGAUCAGCUGCAGCAGUAUUUGAGCUCUUUGCAGUGUUCCCAGCUUGUUUCUAAAUCACUUCUCACACUGGAUUUAAAUGGAAACACUCUCAUUGUUAACCCUCUUACUGUCAGGGCGAAAGUAGAACAGAUUAUUCAUGAUAAAAACGUGGCUAUUAUUGACAUCUGCCACUCCCUGGAGAAGCCCACCAUCGUAGACCCGCUCAGAGGAGAGCUGAGGAGCCUGACACACGAUAUACUGCUCCUCCUAAAGAGGUUGGAACAACUGAAGGAGGCUGAGAAACCGUGUUAUGUUGGAGAGAAGUCAGAGGAGUGGAACCUGUGCACAGUGUUUGGUAUUUUAUUGGGUUUCCCCGUCACUUACUGGUUUGAUCAGACGAAGAGCUUUGAGAACUGCCUGUCUCUGACUCCCCUGAUGGUGACUGCAGCGUCAGCAUCAUGGCAGGGCGACUCCUCCGAGCACAGAUGUUGUCUUUACUCCUUCAGCGUCCCGGCUGCUCUGCUCCAAGCUGUGCAGUCCAGCCUGGAAAACUGGAAGCGGUCUUUACAAGAAAGAUUUCAGCAGCAAAAUGUCUUUAAGGAUCUUACAGUUCGUCAAUCUACAGUCACUCUGCCCUCUGUCUGUUUGUGAUGCUACCAUGAUGUUUGUCUUAAAAAUAAACAGUUAAAAAAUGA